AGUGUGUGUGUGUGCGGCCUACAAGCAGACAGCUGUGCCCUGUGUCCCAUAAGUGUAUGUCCCAUAGUUUGUGUCCCAUAAGUGUGUGUCCCAUAGGUGUGUGCCGGCAUGACAAUAAUACUACACUACCCACAACACCAUGCGUUAGACAGACACAGCCAUGUUGUAGGAAAUCCGUUUGUGGUGGAUUACAGUAAUCCGACAGCAGAGUCUGGACGAUACAUUUGAUCACGACCAAAACCCAAACCGAGAGGCCUGGACCAAAUGAGGUACAGCCAAGAACAAACAGAUGAAAUUAAGACAUGAACUGAUGCGCGGUGUGUAAACCUGAGCAAAGUGACAGUGAGAUUGGUUGGAAAUCGUUUCCUGGACUGGAGCGGUCGAUUCAUCUGACAGAAAUUGACAGCAGCUGGCUAGCUAACGUUACCUCCGCCGCGCAGGGCAGAGAGACAAGGCAGGAAAAAAGCUUUCAUUUAGUGGUUAAAGUGAUCUUCCCCUUUCCCUCCCCCUCACAUCUAUAGCUAGCUAACUAAUUUACGCUCCUGCCUAGUUGAUCUGCACUGCCCUAGUCUACAAGCCCGCUGCCGUAGAGGAACGCUGCGGAUCCAGAGGUGCUGUUCCAGCUAGCUAGCUAGCAGCACGGCUAGCUCAUUUUACCAGCUAGCCUGCUAGCUACGCCGAGGAAUUCACACCAUUAGCUAGCUGUUUCCUGCUGGGGAAGACACACCGAGAUGUCGGUGACGAAAGACCAAACGCCAACCAAACUGUCCACCACCGAGCGGCCCAUUAAAGCGGUGCCCUACCCCCCUGGUUCCAGGCUGACUGUAAAGGACCUGUAUGUAGAUGGGAAGCCCAGUGUUGAGGUACUGAAGAGCCAUCUUGUUAAGGAGGGCCGCCUUGAGGAGGAAGCAGCUCUACGCAUCAUCACUGAUGGAGCCAACAUCCUGCGACAAGAGAAAUGCAUGCUGGAGGUGGAAGCACCUAUUACAGUGUGUGGGGAUGUCCAUGGCCAGUUCUUUGACCUGAUGAAGCUGUUUGAGGUGGGCGGCUCGCCCAACAGCACCCGCUACCUGUUCCUGGGGGACUAUGUUGAUCGAGGGUACUUCAGCAUCGAGUGCGUGUUGUUCCUGUGGACUCUGAAGAUCAACCACCCCACCACUCUGUUCCUACUCAGAGGAAACCAUGAGUGCCGACAUCUCACAGAGUACUUCACCUUUAAACAAGAGUGUAAGAUAAAGUACUCUGAGCGUGUGUAUGAUGCGUGUAUGGAGGCGUUUGACUGCCUUCCCUUGGCUGCGCUCCUCAACCAGCAGUUCCUAUGUGUCCACGGAGGCCUGAGCCCUGAAAUCACCUGCCUGGAUGACAUACGCAAGCUGGAUCGGUUUAAGGAGCCCCCUGCAUUCGGACCCAUGUGUGACCUGCUGUGGUCAGACCCUGGAGAAGACUACGGCUCUGAGAAGACCCAGGAACACUUUGCUCAUAACUCUGUUAGAGGCUGCUCCUACUUCUACAGUUACCCAGCAGUAUGUGACUUUCUGAUGAACAAUAAUCUGCUGUCAGUAAUAAGAGCACAUGAAGCCCAAGACGCUGGGUAUAGAAUGUACAGGAAAAGCCAGACGACAGGUUUUCCUUCUCUGAUCACGAUCUUCUCUGCGCCGAAUUACCUGGACGUGUACAACAACAAAGCGGCGGUGCUGAAGUAUGAGAACAACGUGAUGAACAUCAGGCAGUUCAACUGCUCCCCCCACCCCUACUGGCUGCCCAACUUCAUGGAUGUCUUCACCUGGUCUCUGCCCUUUGUAGGCGAGAAAGUGACAGAGAUGCUGGUUAACGUGCUCAACAUCUGCUCUGACGACGAGCUCAUGUCUGAAGGAGACGACACCUGCGAGGCUGGAACUUCUGCUGUGAGGAAGGAGGUGAUCAGGAAUAAGAUCCGAGCGAUCGGGAAGAUGGCCCGCGUCUUUUCUGUACUCCGAGAGGAGAAUGAGAGUGUGUUACAGCUGAAGGGGCUGACCCCGACUGGGGCCUUGCCUGUAGGAGUUCUGUCUGGAGGACGGCAGACCCUGGAGAGCGCUACCGUAGAGGCAGAAGAGGCACGAGGGUUCAACCCGCAGCAUAAGAUCCAGUCCUUUGAGGAGGCCCGAGGUCUGGACAGGGUCAAUGAGAGGAUGCCCCCCCGCCAAGAUGCUCCUCCCCCUUCCAACAACCUAACAGCCAGCGCCCCACCCGACAAGAACGGGACCAACACACAGGCCUAGACACCUGGCCCUCCCUCACUUUCUCCCUCUGUUUUUCCCUCUUCUCCCUUUUUCUCUUGUGCCUUUCUCCCUCUCUGCUGUCCUCUCUUUUUUUUUCACUGUCUCCCCUUCCCUCUUCUUCUCCUCUUCGUCUCCUCUUCUUUCUCUCCUCUCUUUUCUCCCUCUCCUUCUCUCCCCCUCUUCUCUCUGUGCGGGGCAGUAGGAUGGGUCUUUCUUACUUGGCCUCCAGAGAAUCAGUCCAACAUCAUGUUUAUUUAUUUCAUCUAGAAUGAAUCUAAUGUCAUCAGUUUAAAAGUGGAUCUGAACAAAUGACACAUGAUGAUUAAAUCUACAGUGUACAUUUCUAUAAAUGAUACAUAACGAUUCAAUAUACAAUGUACAUUUCUAUGUAGACUGGCCCUAGGCUGGGGCUUCACUGCCGUAUUAAAUAAAAGGCAAAUCCAUUUUGUAAUUUUGAGUUGAUAUUUGGGAUAAUAUUCAGAACACAUUUUUAUCUGUUACUACUUUGUGUGCUUGGCAAAGGAAAACCUGUGCUGUAACUCAUAUAAAGGUCUUUACUCAUCUAAGAUAUAAAGUAUCUCAGCUAUGGUACCUAAAAUAUGAAGUACCUACGCUAUGGUGCCUAAGAUAAAGUUUAAAGUACAUUUGCUGUGUCUGUUUGUGUCCCACCCAAAAAGAGCAAGCAAGUAAAAAAGAAUAAUCGAUUGGAACCUCCAUUGCAUUAAAUCCAUCCUUUCUUAUGCCAAUGAUAGUGUGACAGAGUAUUGACAUUUAUAUUAUAUAUGUACAUUAUAAAUGUUCCCUUCUCUCAAUGUGAUUUUGACUUUGUUUUUAUUAUUUUUUUUAUUUUUACGAAAAGUAGAAUUAGGCGUUAUACCUAGAUCAGCCAGGGGGGGGUGAAGUAAAGAUGAGUUGUCUCUUUGCGAAGAUGUCAGUUGGUUACCAGUGGAGGAGUUGAAGAUUGUGUAUGUGUGUGUGUGUGAGAGAGAGAGAGCAAGAUUUAUGAGUGAAAGGUUUGUGUGUGGAGAGGAUGGGAGUAGGUGGAUGAUGACUAAGUGGAGGUGAGUCGGCGAGACGACGAGUGGCUGUUUGGAGUGUGGGUUUUUGGUUGUGGGGGAGGGGGGCGUUAAUAGAAAAUGGUGUUGUGGAGGUGUACUGUAUGUAAGGGGGUGGGAGAGGGGGGCAGGGGCCUCAUUUUGUUUCUGACUUCUGUUCCAGCUCCUCAACAUAUCUCACAGAAUGUACAGAGAUUGUUUAAUCAAGGUUUUUCUUAAUAGCUGAAUAAAAAAAAUAUAUGUUUUUUUUUUGUCAAGUACUUGUACUGCGAGGCCUCUGAUUUCUGUAGAUGUAUCACUCCAUUCAAUAAAAACUGAAAAGGAA